AUGAAGAUCAAAGCUCUCAGCCGCCCCGUGUCGGCUCAACAAGCCGCUGGCUCAGAUGUCACAAAACAGCCUCGCAACCUCGAUUCCGCCCUCCAUCCUUUCGAACGCGCACGUGAGUACCAGCGAGCCCUCAAUGCCGUCAAGCUCGAGCGAAUGCACGCGCAGCCUUUCGUAGGCCAGCUAGGAAACGGCCACGUCGACGGUGUCUACUCCAUUGCCAAGGAUCCCAAUUCCCUUGAGCACUUUGCAAGUGGUAGCGGUGACGGUAUUGUCAAGGUGUGGGAUCUUGCGGACCGGGAUCAGAUAUGGCAUGCUUCAGCACACGAGAACAUCGUCAAGGGACUCGAGUGGACUCGCGACCGAAAACUUUUGACCUGUGCGGCCGACAAAACGAUCAAGCUCUUUGAUCCAUACAACACACCUAGCGAUGCGGCGCCUAUAUCUUCGUGGCUUGGGUCUGGGGCUUUCCACAGCUUGUCGCAUCAUCGUUCCAAGAACUCCUUCGCUGCUGCGUCAGAUGUCAUUAGUAUCUACGAUCUGGAGCGACACACCGCUGCACCUGAGGUUCUCAAAUGGCCUACAGCUAUUGACAGCAUUAACGACGUUGCUUUCAACCAUGUCGAGACAUCAGUGAUGGCAUCCUGUUCCAGCGACCGCUCCAUUGUAAUCUACGACCUUCGCACUUCUACUCCUGUCACCAAGACCGUGCUGAAGUUUACCACCAACCGCCUUUCUUGGUCCCCGAUGGAAGCCUUCAACAUGGCCGCUGCCUCUGAGGACCACAACAUCUACCUCUUCGACAUGCGCAGGUUUGAUCGUGCCCUCAACGUUCUCAAGGACCACGUUGCCGCCGUUAUGGAUGUCGAGUGGUCUCCUACCGGCGAAGAGCUUGUAUCCGCCUCUUGGGACCGAACCGUCCGUCUUUGGAACCGUGACCGCGGCCACUCACGAGAUAUCUACCACACCAAGCGCAUGCAGCGUGUCACAGCAGCCAGCUGGACUCCCGACGCCCGUUACGUUCUGUCCGGUUCUGACGACGGCAACGUGCGACUCUGGCGCGCCAACGCCUCACGCCGUGAGGGUGUCAAGUCAGCCCGUCAACGCCAGGCCUUGGAGUACAACGAGGCCCUUAUUGAGCGUUACCAGCACAUGCCUGAAGUCCGCCGUAUUCACCGUCAUCGCCAUGUGCCCAAGGUGCUCAAGAAGGCUGGUGAGAUCAAAUCUGAAGAGAUCAAGAGUAUCAAACGUCGCGAGGAGAAUGAGCGCCGCCAUACUAAGAAGCAAUUUGAGAGACGUAGGGGGGAGAGAGAAAAGAUGGUCCUGGCAAGAGAGUCAUAA